AUGGCGGAUGCAGUGCUGGCAGCGCUGGGGGCGGCAGCCCCCUUCCUGCGGCCAGGGGAACGGGAGCGGCUGGCAGCGCAGACCAGACCCUUCGACCCGCGCAGCGAGUGCUUCGUCCCCCACCCCCGGGAGGAGUUCGUUCGGGGACGGGUGAUGGGGCGGCAAGGAGGGGAGGCCACCGUCCAGACUGAGCUGGGAGAGACAGUGACGGUGAAGGAAGCUGACAUUCACCAGCAGAACCCCCCCAAAUUUGACAAGAUCGAGGAUAUGGCGAUGCUGACCUUCCUCCAUGAGCCUGCUGUCCUCUACAACCUCAAGGAGCGCUAUGCCUCUUGGUUGAUCUAUACUUACUCAGGGCUCUUCUGUGUGACUGUCAACCCCUACAAGUGGUUGCCUGUCUACAAUGCUGAGGUGGUGGCUGCCUAUCGGGGAAAGAAACGGAGUGAAGCUCCACCCCACAUCUUCUCCAUCUCUGACAAUGCCUACCAGAACAUGCUGACAGACCGAGAGAACCAGUCCAUCCUCAUCACCGGAGAAUCCGGAGCGGGGAAGACAGUCAACACCAAGAGGGUUAUCCAAUAUUUUGCCAGCAUUGCUGCCAUUGGUGACCGCAAGAAGGAGGUGACCAAUACCAGCAAGGGCACCCUAGAGGACCAGAUCAUCCAGGCCAACCCUGCUUUGGAAGCCUUUGGCAACGCCAAGACCCUCCGCAAUGACAACUCAUCUCGAUUUGGGAAGUUCAUCCGGAUCCAUUUUGGGGCCACUGGGAAGUUGGCAUCAGCUGACAUUGAGACCUACCUCCUGGAGAAGUCCCGUGUCAUUUUCCAGCUGAAGGCUGAGAGGAACUACCACAUCUUUUACCAGAUCCUCUCCAACAAGAAGCCAGAAUUGCUGGAGAUGCUUCUCAUCACGAACAACCCCUAUGACUACAGUUAUGUCUCCCAAGGAGAGGUGACUGUGGCCUCCAUCGAUGACUCUGAAGAGCUGUUGGCAACUGACAGCGCUUUUGAUGUCCUGGGCUUCACAGCUGAGGAGAAGGCUGGUGUCUACAAGCUGACAGGCGCCAUCAUGCACUUUGGCAACAUGAAAUUCAAGCAGAAACAACGGGAAGAGCAGGCAGAACCAGAUGGUACUGAAGAUGCUGACAAGUCAGCCUACUUGAUGGGGCUGAACUCAGCUGACCUUCUCAAGGGGUUGUGUCACCCUCGUGUGAAGGUGGGCAAUGAAUAUGUCACCAAGGGGCAGAAUGUCCAGCAGGUGUACUACUCCAUUGGGGCCUUGGCCAAGGCUGUAUAUGAGAAGAUGUUUAACUGGAUGGUGGUGAGGAUCAACAACUCUCUGGACACCAAGCAGCCAAGGCAGUACUUCAUUGGUGUGCUGGACAUCGCUGGAUUUGAGAUCUUUGAUUUCAACAGCUUCGAGCAGCUCUGCAUCAACUUCACCAAUGAGAAGCUGCAACAGUUUUUCAACCACCACAUGUUCGUGCUGGAGCAGGAGGAAUACAAGAAGGAGGGCAUUGAGUGGGAGUUCAUUGACUUUGGCAUGGACCUCCAGGCCUGCAUUGACCUCAUUGAGAAGCCCAUGGGGAUCAUGUCCAUCCUGGAGGAGGAGUGCAUGUUUCCCAAGGCUUCGGACAUGACCUUCAAGGCCAAGCUCUUUGAUAAUCACCUGGGCAAGUCGGCCAACUUUGGGAAGCCACGAAACAUCAAGGGGAAGCCAGAGGCCCACUUUGCCCUUAUCCACUAUGCUGGCACAGUGGACUACAACAUCAUUGGGUGGCUGGAGAAGAACAAGGACCCCCUCAAUGAGACAGUGGUGGGGCUCUACCAGAAAUCAGCCCUGAAGCUCUUGGCCAACCUCUUUGCCAACUAUGCUGGGGCUGAUGCACCGGUGGAGAAGGGGAAGGGAGCUAAGAAGAAAGGUUCCUCCUUCCAAACUGUCUCUGCCCUGCAUCGGGAGAAUCUCAACAAGCUGAUGACCAACCUGCGGUCUACCCACCCUCAUUUCGUCCGCUGCAUCAUCCCCAAUGAGACCAAGUCUCCUGGUGUGAUGAACAACCCCCUGGUAAUGCACCAGCUCCGCUGCAAUGGAGUGCUAGAGGGCAUCCGCAUUUGCCGCAAGGGCUUCCCCAACCGCAUUCUCUAUGGCGACUUCCGCCAGCGGUAUCGCAUCUUGAACCCUGCUGCCAUCCCUGAGGGGCAGUUCAUUGACAGCCGCAAGGGUGCCGAAAAGCUCCUGGGAUCCAUUGACAUUGACCACAACCAGUACAAAUUUGGACACACCAAGGUCUUCUUCAAAGCUGGGCUGCUGGGACUUCUGGAGGAGAUGCGGGACGAGCGCCUCUCCCGCAUCAUCACCCGCAUUCAGGCUCAGGCCCGAGGGCAGCUUAUGCGCAUUGAGUUCAAGAAGAUCCUGGAGCGCCGGGACUCACUGCUGGUGAUCCAGUGGAACAUCCGGGCCUUCAUGGGGGUGAAGAACUGGCCUUGGAUGAAGCUCUACUUCAAGAUCAAGCCCUUGUUGAAGAGUGCUGAGACGGAGAAGGAGAUGCAGAACAUGAAAGAAGAGUUUGGGCGGUUGAAGGAGGCCCUGGAGAAGUCAGAGACCCGGCGCAAGGAGCUGGAGGAGAAGAUGGUCUCCAUGCUGCAGGAGAAGAAUGACCUUCAGCUCCAAGUGCAGGCUGAGCAGGACAACCUCAAUGAUGCUGAGGAGCGCUGUGACCAGCUGAUCAAGAACAAAAUCCAGUUGGAGGCCAAGGUGAAGGAGUUGACAGAGCGACUGGAGGAUGAGGAAGAGAUGAACGCAGAGCUGACAGCUAGGAAGAGGAAGCUGGAGGAUGAGUGUUCGGAGCUGAAAAAGGAUAUUGAUGAUCUAGAGCUGACUCUGGCCAAGGUGGAGAAAGAGAAACAUGCCACUGAGAACAAGGUCAAGAACCUCACAGAGGAGAUGGCUGGGCUGGAUGAAACCAUUGCCAAGCUAACAAAGGAAAAGAAGGCCCUGCAAGAAUCUCACCAGCAGACGCUGGAUGACCUACAGGCAGAGGAAGAUAAAGUCAACACCUUGACAAAGGCCAAACUCAAGAUGGAACAGCAAGUGGAUGACCUUGAAGGCUCCCUAGAACAGGAGAAGAAGGUCCGGAUGGACUUGGAACGGGCCAAAAGGAAGCUGGAAGGUGACUUGAAGCUGACCCAGGAGAACAUCAUGGACCUAGAGAAUGACAAGCAGCAGCUGGAGGAGAAGCUCAAGAAGAAAGAGUUUGAGAUCAACCAGCAGAACAGCAAGAUUGAGGAUGAGCAGGCUCUGGCUCUGCAGCUCCAGAAGAAGCUGAAAGAGCUGCAGGCGCGGAUUGAGGAGCUGGAGGAGGAGUUGGAAGCAGAAAGGACAGGCAGAGCCAAGGUGGAGAAGCUGCACGGAGCAAUAAGAAAGUCAGAUGAGGAGCAGGCCAACACCAACCUGGCCAAGUUCCGCAAGGUGCAGCAUGAGCUGGAUGAGGCAGAGGAGCGUGCCGACAUCGCCGAGUCCCAGGUCAACAAGCUGCGGGCCAAGAGCCGCGACAUUGGAGCCAAGAAGGGACUCAAUGAAGAGUGA